CUAUUGAAAUGUAUUUCUCUGUCUGAAUGGAUAAAUGUUAUGAUAACACGAGUUUUUGUGUCAAGAAUUCGGAUGGAUUAUUCAUAAACAGCUGAUCUAGAGCGGAGAGGAGGAGGACGGCAGGAAAUUUGUAAUUUUCUUUUUCACUCUUGCUUCUACCUGGAAUCUUUUGUUAAUGAGUAUUGCGUCUAAGCUAUGAAACUGAAGAUUUCAAGAUCACAAAUAACAGCAAUGUAGUGUGGAAGAACAUUUAGAACUUGACGAUGUCAGGAUUGGGCUAGAGAAGAGACUGUAUUUGCCACUUUUAAGGACGGGGAAAUGGAUGAGCACCUGCGUCAGCCAUAUGAGGGCCAGUUGAUUAAGUUCACCAAUGUUGUCAAGGGCUGGCAGGCACGGUGGUUUAUUCUGAAUCCUGAAAUUGGAACUCUGGAAUAUUAUCUGAGUGAGAGUGACAAGCAUGAAAGGGCUCGUGGUAGCAUCCAGUUAGCAGGGGCUGUUAUUUCUCCAAGUGAUGAAGAUUCUUAUACUUUUACUGUGUCUCCAGCUGCUGGGGAAUCUUACAAGUUGCGAGCCACUGACACAAAAGACCGGCAGAUGUGGCUUAAUCGAUUACGAGUUGUGGCCGAGAUGCACACACGGGCCAUUGCUCAUAACCACCCACCACUUGCUCCCCGUGAGCACCGCACACCUGGCAAUAACAAUGCUGGCAAUUCACAUCAGGUCGCUUCAGCUCCACCCAUGGGAUUAGCAGUAUUAGAUGCCUUCACUCAGGUGGCUGAAGUAUUGGAGGAGGCUCGCAGACAACACUCGGCCCUUGUAACAGCCAUUGAGGAUAUGCCAUCUUAUGGUACUGGUAUGCGAUGUACAGAGCCCAACUUACUGUUGCUGAAAGCUACCAGUCAGGCCACACUCCUGUGUCUUGACCAGUGUCUUGGUGUGCUGCGGACACAGCACAUGUCCGCUCCACAUCAUCAGCCAUCGCCACCAGUCACCAGUAUCAAGGUGGGGAGCCUUGGGGCUCGGUGCUCCCCUCUCUUGGGACGCUCCCCACGCUUCCACCGACGCACUGCUUCGGAUGCCUCCUCUGCCUUUCUUCAGCGGCGGCGCUCAUCGCCUACUCCUACUCGUCUUGGAUCUCCAUCUUUGCAUUCCUCUUCUCCCUCUCUGAGAGUACGCACAGCUCCUCAUUCUCCAACCCCUGGCACUACCCAGGGUAUCAGUGCAAUUCCUCCAUCCAGCCUGACAGGGCAGCCGCCAGCACCCCUUACCUCCUCCGCCCUCGGGGAUGUCCUAGAUAUUACAGGCAAUUCUCGCUCCUCAUCUAUUACGUCAGUUACACCCACGUCCACUCCAACACCUCCACUACUUCAGUCAUCACGAGCAGGUGCAAGUGAAAAUAGUUCUGAGAUCAGUGAUGAAGAUGGACCUGAUGGUGAUGGUGAACUGGGUGAAGUUGGUGACGGCCAGCGGUCAAUAAUCAUGCACAUUAUCUCCCAGUUACGUUUGGGAAUGGACCUCACUCGUGUUACUUUACCAACAUUUAUUCUGGAGCGUCGUUCUUUGCUGGAAAUGUUUGCAGACUUCCUUGGACACCCUGACUACUUUGUAAGAAUUGGUGAUGCAAAGACUCCAGAAGAGCGCAUACAACAAGUGGUAAAGUGGUACUUGACGAGCAUCCAUGUUGGUCGUAAUGGGUCUGUGGCCAAGAAACCCUACAAUCCUAUCAUUGGAGAAGUAUUCCACUGUAGUUGGCGCAUUCCUCGGGACUCAAAUACCUCAUCAGAGAACACCGAAGCUUCUGAUGGGAAACCAGCUGAGGGGAAAAAGAGUUCCUACAUCACGAUUAAAUUUUCUGCUGAGCAGGUCUCCCACCAUCCUCCAGUGUCAGCAUUCUACUUUGAAUGUCCAGAGAAGCAGCUUAGUAUCAAUGCCCACAUUUGGACCAAAUCGAAGUUCAUGGGCAUGUCUGUUGGUGUAAAUCUGGUUGGGGACAUCACCCUUGUGAUAGGGAAUGUGCAAGAGAGCUACAGUUUGGCUAUGCCUUCUGCCUAUGCUCGCAGCAUUCUCACAGAACCCUGGGUGGAACUGGGAGGUCGUGUCAACAUUUCCUCUCCAGAAACUGGCUGUCAGGCUGUUAUUGUCUUCCAUACAAAGCCAUUCUAUGGAGGGAAACUACACAGAGUAACAGCAGAAGUGAAGAAUGCUGCUGGAUUAACUCUCACACGUGUACAAGGAGAGUGGGAUUCUGUUCUGGAGUUCAACUAUGCUAAUGGAGUUCAGGAGAACAUAGAUGUCAACGACAUACCAAUGGUAUGUGUUAAGCGUUUGCGGCCCAUUGCCCAGCAAGCACCAAAUGAAUCACGUCGCUUGUGGCUUGAUGUAAGUGUGGCAUUAGCCCGUGGAGAUGUUGAGACUGCAACCAGCCACAAGAGAGCCCUAGAGGAGAUGCAACGGAAGGAGGAGCGCGAACGGGCAGCCAGGAAUGCAGCAUUCCCUACCCAACUUUUCAGCUCUCCUUCAACAGAUCAUUGGGUUUACAACCACCUCCCAUCUUAUGCAUUUACCUCUUGUCCUGUUACUACUCAGAGCCAGUAGGUUAAGACUCAGUACUCAUUAUAUUCUGAUGUUACGUAUGAGAAUACAUACACAAACUUAUCCUUGAUUUGCAGCUGAAUUUUGUUUUGUUUACUCUUAAUGCCAAAGAUUGUGUCAGUAGUCUUUUAUUUUCUUCCACAGUGAAACUCUAAACAUUUCGUUCGAGCAAUACAAAACUGAUUGGGUUAAAAAAAAAUACACCUAAGUAGAUACUGUAUUUAAUAUACCUGUACUCAAAAGAGAAAAUGUAAGGCAUUUUCCACUUCAUUGUCUGGUUCUCAAGUUGUAGUCUAAAAUGUUAGCUUGAAAACUUGUGUUGAUCUUGAGCAGUAACAAAAUUUACUGCAUAAAUAUAUCAGUGUUUUUAUUUUAAAUUUGGAUGGUAAAUGUGAAUUCUAAUUUUAGAGUUUCACAGAACUUAGGAAUUCUUUAUCAGAUAAUCCCAUUUUACUUUACUAUUAUAAAGAGAUUUAAUUUUCCAUAUCCUUGUUUUUGCUUGUUCUCAAUAUUCAAUGUACAGUAUACUGUUAUUGUUAACAAAUAUGAUUUAUAUUUACUUUUAAAUGGCUAAAAUAUUUGAUAAGGGAAACCAUCUACUGUAUACAUGUACUGUACGUAUAAUUAUUUUUUGUUUUUUGCAGUUCACAAUAGAAAAUGAUUUGAUGUAACAUGUACAGUAAUUUACUUUAAGCAAGUAACUGGUUUUACACAAUUUGUUUUAAAGCUACUAUGUUAUGCUAUAUUAUCAGGUUUCUUUUUAAUUUUGGGCAUGUAAUAUUUCAUAACUACUGUACUGAUGUUUUAUAUUUUCUUGAGGAGCUAAAACUCUGUUGCACGUGA